UAUUACGUUGCAGUCCUCACAGCCACACUUCAUUCAUCUUCUUCAACAAAACAUGGUGAUGAUGAUGAUGAUGUUUCAGCUCAGACCCCAUAUUCAUAUUCUUCAAUACCAAUACUACCAUCCCACUACUACUCCAAAAUCAGCAUAUAAUAUCAAUAACAUCUCAAAAUGUAGAAGAAGAGAGGCAGCAGCACUAUCUCUUUCCUUAUCACUACUACUAUUCCCAUCAUCAUCAUCAUCAUCAUCCUCUUCUUCUGCUGUUGCCUCAACUUCAGCUUCAAAAUCAUCAUCAUCAUCAUCAUCCGAGUUGUUGUUUUUGGACAUCCCAAAUUCAGGGGGUGUUAAGGUUUUGGACCUUCGUGUUGGCUCUGGAGAUGUCCCACUCCAUGGCAACCAGGUUGCAAUACAUUACUAUGGAAGGUUGGCAGCGAAGCAAGGAUGGCGCUUUGAUUCAACAUAUGAUCACAAAGACGAAAAUGGAGAAUCAGUGCCCUUUGUGUUUGUUCUUGGGUCUGGGAAAUCCAAAGUGACAUGGCAUUCAAGGUUGUCGAGACCGACAGUGAUUUCGGGGAUAGAAGCAGCUGUGAAAUCAAUGAAAGUAGGUGGUAUUCGAAGAGUCAUCAUCCCUCCAUCCCAAGGAUACCAGAACACAUCACAAGAACCCAUACCACCCAAUUUUUUUGACAGGCAGAGGCUAUUUACUACCAUUUUCAAUCCAACUCGUCUUGCCAAUGGAGAAGGGUCAACAUUGGGAACUCUCAUUUUUGAUAUUGAGUUGGUCAGUGUCAGGCAUCAGUAACCUACUUAGAAUACUAUUGAGUCUGAAAAUGGUUUAUAGCAGGAUCCAUAUAUAUAUGAUUAUCAAUGUGUCCCGGCUUAGGACUGAUUGAUAAUGCCUAAAUAUGAAAAUGAUUUCUGAAAUGGAUUGUUUGCUGAAUACACUUCAGUGAUGACAAAUUACUGUUUUAAUUGUAAUUUUGACUUUUCAAUA